ACACGAGUGCGCUGCCUGUGCCCUGUGGUGACUUAUAAAAGUGUGCGCGCCGCCGAUCCGUGAGGCAGUUGAAGUGAGAGUCGAGCCGGUCUCGCGCGAUCGUUCAUCCCGUUCAGUAAUUUUGUUAACUCACGGGCCAUCCAAGAAAGAAAAAAAUUAAGUGCCUCUAAGUAGAAGUGUGUAACAGUUGUUUUUUUUGUAAUUAAUCAUAAAAGAAGAAGAAUACAAUUCGCAACGAUGGCAACGAUCCGGAUGACGCUCGUGCUCUUCGCGCUGAUGCUGCUGAUCGGCAGCGCGCUCCUGCCAGCUCCCAGCGGCGGCGGCGGCGUCGAGGCGUUCUCGCUGCAUCGCCGCCUGCCGAGGCGCUCGGUGAGGCUGUGCUCGCGCUCCCUCAGCGACGCGCUCUAUCUGCUGUGCAAGGAUCGCGGCUACAACGAGCCCUUCAGCAGCAGCGACGAGGAGGAGAUACGCCACGCUACGGGGCCCGGCCUCGUCGAGGAGUGCUGCUACAACGCCUGCAGCAUACAGCAGAUGGAGCAGUACUGCAAGCCGCGCAAGGACAAGAAGGACGGCGAACAACAGCAAGCCGGGGGGGCCCAAUCGAAGAGAUGAAGAGGCCCCGCGAGGAGGAGGACGCGUGUUACCCCGUGUCGUCGUUGUACGGAGGUACGGUGGUUGUUGUCGCGUGCGGCAGAGCGGCUCUUCUUACGUGGCGCGCAAAAACGUGUGCGUGUCUGUGUCACGACGAGAGUGGCGGCCGCCCAUCACCACCAACACCACCGGCUAGGCGACGCGGGGAUAUCACCGGGACAAUCCUUUGUUUUACGCGAGGACCUUUGUAAUGUUCCUGAGGCUCUAAAGCUGAACAUCAAUCAAUUAAAUGCACGUCAGUGCAUUUGGAUAGAUAAAAAAAAAUCGAAAGUGUGAUACUCAUUAGUGAAGAAAAUUGUGGGUUUAAUCUAACUGGUUAACUGAAAAUGAGUCACUUCAUCAUCAACGAACCCACCUGACUGAUAAUUGAAAAGGAGCAACGAGAAAGUCGAAGUCGAUGACGAUUUAACGAAAAAUUCAUCGUUAUUUUGUUUGACUUCGAAUUCUAGACAAAACUCUUAAGAGGAUAACUGAGAGUGAGAUUGAUAGUGAUUUAGUUUUUAAUUAGGAAAAAAAAAUCGUGUUAUUAGCUCGCAAAAUUUUUUUAAUACGACUAUAUAUAAUUUCUAAUUUAAAUAACAUUAUUAAAUUUCAAUGUAAUAAACUGUGCUGCAACUGUGUGCGGUAUCAUGAGUGCAAACUCAUUCGAGCGAACAUGUACAGUUUAUAUCAAAUUAUGAAACGAUCAACGAAUGCAUGUGUGAAUGUACGUGAAACGGUAUUCGAAAAAAUGCUCUUUUUGUGAUAGCAACGAGGAA